UUCUGAUAUUGUCUUUAGGGUUACAAAAUUGAAAACGCCUAAUAAAAGAGACACUAUCAUACUAGGAAAGAUAUAGCCAGCCAGCGAAUAGACAACUAAGCAAGAUUAUGAAUGUGGUUUUGAACCUCCCUAAAACCUCUCCCAAUAAAUACCAAUAACUCCAACCAUUUUGAUUCAGCUCUCUGAUAUAAUAAAAGCUAAGAUGGCAUUUUUGCAGGGAAAACUCCCCUGCUUUUGUGUUUUAAUUUUGUGUAUGGCAGUACUGGUUUCUUCACAUAAUAGAUACUACACAAGCCCAAGCGUUCCACGUUUGACAGACGCUUUCCCUCGCGUACCAAUUAGUAAUGGGUUUUCGAAAGCUUUCGGAGGCUCAAACAUUCAGGUGAUCAAUGGAUCCAUGGCCACUCUUGCUCUUGACAAGUCCUCAGGAUCUGGAUUGGCAUCUGUAAACAAAUAUCACUAUGGAUUCUUCAGUGCUGCCAUCAAGCUGCCUGCUGGUCUCACUUCUGGGGUUGUAGUGGCUUUCUAUCUGUCUAAUGCAGAUGUUUUCCCCCACAAUCAUGAUGAGAUUGACAUAGAGCUAUUGGGCCAUGAUAAAAGAAAUGAUUGGGUCAUUCAGACAAAUGUAUAUGCAAAUGGAAGUGUAAACACAGGAAGAGAAGAGAAGUUUUAUCUCUGGUUUGACCCAACACAACAGCAGCAUCAAUACAGCAUCAUCUGGAACAACCAUCAUAUAGUGUUUCUAGUGGACAAUAUCCCUGUAAGAGAGUUUCAGCAUAGCGGUUCCUUUUUCCCCUCAAAACCCAUGUCAGUUUAUGCAACAAUAUGGGAUGCCUCACAGUGGGCAACUCAUGGAGGAAAAUACCCAGUUAACUACAGAUAUGCACCGUUUCGAGUUUCGUUUGCAGAAAUGGAAAUGAGUGGCUGCAUAUCCAAUCCCACAGGAACAGUGACUUCAUGUUCUAAGAACACUCCUUCAAGCUUGGACCCAAUUGAAGGACCAGAGUUUGUUAAGUUGUCUAACCAGCAAAUUAGUGCUCUGGGUUGGGCAAGAAGUAAGCUAAUGUUUUACUCUUACUGUAAAGAUACAUCCAGGUUUAAAGUCAUGCCACCGGAGUGCAAAUAGUUUUGCAAAACACUAUAAGAUCGUCAAAUUGUAAACAAGUUUAAGAUAUAGUUCAACAUUCAAAAUGUUCAUCUCUACUACAUUUCUUACUCCGUAUCAAAUACAUUAAUUGCUUUUAUGAGGAUAUAUCAUAAAACCAUGAA